CAAUAUGAUAGGAACUGAGAGGGCAAAGAUACGGUAGCGCUAGCCCACACGAGAAAAUUGAGGAAAAGGGCGUUAAGCGCGUUUUUGCAAUGCUAUAAAUAGCAGAGGCCAUAGCUUAAGAUGAUUAUCCAGCAUUUGUUUGACAAUGAGACAUCAGUGCCUCCUUCUGGUCUCCCUGGUGUUGGUCUCCUACGCUGCCCGGUCGGAAUCAGCGCUGGGCGGCUGGAGCCCCAUCAAGGACGUAAACGACAGCCACGUGGCGGAGAUCGCCAACUACGCGCUGAGCGAGUACGACAAGCGUUCUGGGGCCAAGCUCACCCUUGUCAAGGUCGUCAAGGGCGAGACUCAGGUCGUUUCCGGCACCAACUACCGUCUCGUCCUCAAAGCCAAGGAUGGAUCCGCCACGGCCAGUUACGAAGCCAUCGUCUGGGAGAAGCCUUGGCUCCAUUUCAUGAAUCUCACUUCCUUCAAACCCCUUCAUUAAUCUUAGACCCAUACUUUUCUUCACUUUCUCUCUUAUCAUAUUUCAUGUGUUAGCUAUUCUGUUUUUCUCAAUAAGGUUCCUGUCAUGUGCUAAUGAAUCUCAAAUUGUAUGUUGGAUUAUGGAUUCCUCUAUUCUCUCGCUCUCGGGUUUUUCUGGAAAUUUUGUUUGUGGUUUCUGCUUUUCAGGUUUUCAUAUUUAUUUCUGUGGGCGAUUCGACUUUGUAAUUUCAAUGUCUAAGUGUGUAUUUAGUUACCCAUAUCAAUUUGAAAUAGUAAUUUAAUGAUUUUGUACCUGUAAA